AGAGGCGGAGAGGGCAGGUUUUGUGUUUGAGGGAGUGGGAAAGAGACGAGCAAGGCGAGCGAGGGAGCGAGUGGCUGCGGGCGGUGGGCUCCGUGGCCUGGUGGCCUCUCCGGCGGCUCAGGAGCGACGGGUCGCGUCCACCUGACGAGCUCCGCGAAAGGGGCCGGCAGCUGGGCACAGCCACCCGUACCGGGCUGCCGGCUCCAGGGGCUGUGACCUAGGCAGCCGAAGGGACGCGGUCCUCGGCCGGCUGCCAGGCGUGGGGCGAGGGGGUCGGGAGGCCGUGAAGAGGCGAGAAGAGGGACCCUCCCUGCUUUCGCCGCCUCUCGGAGGGGUUGCUUGCGAGGCUGGGGUGCCCAUCGGGUCGGGGCAGGCGGAGCGCGUCCGCGGGCUGAAGCGGGAAAGCGAUUCCUCGGGGAGGCGAGGGAAGCCGCCACCCCGAAGGACCGCUUCCGGGGGCCCCGGGCGGGAUGGCGGCGUGAGGGGCUCUUCGGGGCCCCUGAGAAAGCCGCCCGGUGGAGGCGGCGAGCGAAGCCAGCGUUGCUUUGACGGCUACCCUUCAGAUGUUUCCUUAAAAACCCGCCGAGUCCAGGGUGGGAUAGGCCGGGCGGAGAGGGAAGGGCGGAGGUUGGCGAGCGCAAAGGCUGGCGAAGUUUGUCUUUCGCCGACCGAGGCCGGCGGGAGGCUGCGAUGAAUGGUUUCAGCACAGAGGAAGAUAGCCGGGAUGGUCCUCCUACCACCCCUUUUUACGGACAAAGUUGUUGCCUUAUCGACGACGGGGAUCGUUGUGUCCGCCCGGCUGGCAAUGCCUCCUUCAGCAAGAGGAUACAAAAGAGCAUCUCUCAGAAAAAGCUGAAACUGGAUAUUGACAAAAGUGUAAGACACUUAUAUAUAUGUGAUUUCCACAAGAACUUCAUUCAAAGUGUCCGAAAUAAAAGAAAAAGGAAAACCAGUGAUGAUGGGGGAGACUCUCCAGAGCAUGAAAUAGAUGUUCCAGAGGUUGACUUGUUUCAGCUUCAAGUAAACACUUUGCGCCGUUACAAAAGACAUUACAAAUUACAAACCAGACCUGGUCUCAAUAAAGCUCAGUUGGCAGAAACUGUCAGUCGUCACUUCAGGAACAUCCCAGUGAAUGAAAAAGAAACUCUUGCUUACUUUAUCUACAUGGUAAAAAGCAACAAGAGCAGAUUGGAUCAGAAAACAGAAAGCAGUAAACUGGAAUGAAAGUUAGGUAGACUAUGGACUCAGACAAAUGUAAUAUUAAAAAAAGCAUCAGGUGCAUUAUAAAUACUUUUUUAAAAAAUUAAGGUUUUUUUGUAAAUUAAAAUAUACAUAAGAAAACGAAGCAAAGUUUGAUCCCCAUAUUACAAUACUUAAUUUCAGAAUAUGUAUGAAAAUCUCUUUAGUUUCAAAGCAUGGUCUUUAACCUGAAAGAAAGACCAAAAGAAACUCAAGAUGCCCAAAGCAAUGACUGUUUAAGAAAUUGCCUUAUGUUGCAGAUUGUAACAUAAACCAUGCAUGAGUUUGACAUUCUUGAAUAGAAUCAUUAUACUCACAUAGUAUUUAAAGGCACAGACCAGGUAAAACUUCUAAAUUCUGGUUUAAACCACAUAAAAUUACCUGUUUUGAGAAUAACUAUCUUAGAUUUUCAUGGGUGCUAAACAUUUCUAAUCCUAGUGCUUUUGCAUAUAUGAUCAGUUUUUAUAUUGAAACAUAGAAAUUGGCCAGCAUAACCCAUUUAUUAAUAUUUAUUAGAAUGUCAUGACUACACAAAUUCUAAUGUGUUAAAUAUUUCAAUAUUUCUGUUUUUCAAACAAACUAUUGAAUACAGAGCUGUUGCCACAGAUCCAUGCUAUUUCCUGAUUUUUUAAAGGCUGGAUAUAUAUAUAUAUACAUUGGAUAUAUUAGUUGGACGGACACACACACACACACACAUUGAAGCUAAAAAUAAUUUCAAGUUGCUAUGAGAUCUUUUUAAGUAAUUGGAAUCUCAGUCUAGUGAUGAGUGAUGAGACUACAAAGCAAACACUUUACAGUAAUAAUAAAGUUGGCAGUGGCUUCAGUUUAUCUUCAUUUUGGUAGUGAGAACAAAUGCCAUGUUGAGCCAUUUAUUUGUUCUAGGUAUCAUGUUUUAAAAUGCAAAGUAACUAUAAGGUUCUCGCUGUCUGUGCCUACAGUCCAGAACCUGAUAAUCAGUGUGCACGCACAAAGCUUGUUCUUCAUUUAUUUAUGUGGGGAAGGUGACUUUAUAGUCUAAAUGGUUCUUCCUAUAAAUCCUAAUCUGCUUGGAGUUUAACAUCUUUUUGGCCUCUUACUCCAAUAUUUUGCAAUGCCGAAAGGCAUAAAUACGUUUUAAAAUGUCCAGUAGAUUACCUUAUAUAGUAAACGUUCUGGAUAAGUUUGACAUUAUUCAGCAGUUGUCUAAAGUAAGGCAUAGAAUUACACUACAUUAGCAGUUUUCACGUUAUAUUUAGUAUUAAAAUUAAGGACCUCUUAGUUCUUUCCUGCUGUCCUAAAAAAGAUUUUAAAAACUGUUUUAAAAUGUUUAAAAGCAUUUUUUUAAAAAGUCCAAAUAAAGAUCAAAUGUGUUCUAUAGGAUGCUAAGAGACAAAGUUUUGGUAGUUUUUUCCCCCCAAAAUUUAAUGAUGUGAAAACCUAAAAUGCACAUCUCAGCAAAUGCAAAAGUUCAUUUAUAUAGCCAUGUUUUAUUUUUGUUGCAAAUAGAUCACCAAUUUAUGUUACUCCAAUUAACUGCAUGCCACUUUAAAAGUUGAUAUUUUCAUCUACUUCAGUUUCAUCAUACAAUAUGUCCUUUUAAUGCACAUUUUAGAUUUAAAAACACAUAGAUAUAUAAGGAAAACAACUAAAAUAUUUCAGAGUGCUGCUUUACAUCUUAAAGUUCACUAAGUCCCACUGCUUCCUUCAUUGAAAGGCUAAAGCAGAAAUCAAAUAUGCUAAAUGGUUUUUAAAACUGAAUAUGUAACAAUUUUUUAAAAAUAUUUGUAACUUCAAUAUUCAUAUUAGAAAUACAAUGACCAUGAUAUAAUUUCUCAAUAGAGAUUGGCAUCCUAUGAUCACCUUCUAAAUCAAAAAGGUAAACCUUUUAGUUUUAUAUUGUUAGGACUUGUAAUGCAAAUAACAAAGUUUCCUCAACUAAAUUUCUAUAAAAAUAGCAACAACUAGCUGUUACCCAAGCAAUCUGUUUCAUUAAUUGCUUUGGAGAUCAUAUUAAGUAAAAUAUUUUCCUAAAUCACAUAAAAAGGUUUGCUGUCAUACUUUAUAAAAACAAAAGAUUUUAUGAGGAAAUGGAGGACUUUCAUGUAAGUUGUGAAGAAUAACUGAUGUUAGAAUCCUUGAGAUGUGUCUUUUAGAUAUAUCUUUAUUUGCCUUACUCUCAGCUAGACCAAGUAUUGUAUAAAUGUCUUGGCACAAGGAAAGGGCCGUUAGUUUUUCAUAACAUUUAGUGUUAGAGGCUAAUUUUAACAACAUAUAAUUGUGUGUGUGUAUAUUCAGAGAGUUGCCUGUGAUUCUUGAACAUCUAGUAUUGCAUCACCAAAAACACCAUCAUGCAGUUCAAAAUAAUGGCAAAUUAUGCUGCAUGCCAUUUAAGGAAACUUUCAAAUUCCUAGUGGUUUUAAUAAAACCUUGAUCAUCAUUUUGAGCUUCAGAGGAUUUGAAUCCUAAAACAGUAUCUAACUGUAAUUGUAUAUGUGAAAAAAGAGUCAGAUUGGCAUGUUUAUUCAUAGAAACUGGUGGGUGGUAUUUUAUUGAUUCUUGUUAAAUACCAAUUUUACAUUAGAUUUAAGCUAUUAAAUAAUAAAUCUUGGCCUGGGACUGACUUCCCACAUUGUCUAGUAGUUGUAGAUAAUAUUGCUGACUAUAGCAGUACUGAAUAAAGCUCACUCAAAACCAAAGGCCUUCAAACCCACUGAAAGCUAGGAGAAGAUUUAUACUUGUUAAAUGGGCUUUGCAUCAGAGCCGAAGAAUUUAAUAUGGCACAUCUUUUAGAAUGAGGUUAACUUCAUCAAAGAUGGUUGUCCUCUGUGCAUUAGUUGUAGUUGUAAUGAUAGUAGUAACAGCACAAGAAAUUUUGUUCAUCCCUUGAAUGAAGGAAAGAGCAAAGGGAAGGGGAAGUGCAAUGACAAUUAAUACUAGAACAACAUUUUUAUGAAUUCCUGGUGCAAGGUGCAGUUGGAGUGUUUUGGAGGAUGUCUCAGUCUGGUGAUUUAGCUUCCAAGUGUGGUUCUGUAAUAUAAAUGUUACAUAUCAGAUUCCUACAUUAAAUUUAAUGUUUUCUCUUGCAACUAAUGCCAUAAAUUAUGGCUGAAAAGAAGAGGCCUCAGUGUUCUUACAGAAUGCUGUAAAUUUGCCACUUGCCAAUAAAAAUUUCCUGCGAGGGUCAGGAAAACAUCUUAAAGCCAAAGUAGUCCAGGGCAAGAGUAUUUUUCAUACUUUGAUAAAAGAAUAAAAGAGCAAGUUGUCGUCAAGAAAGAAAGCAGCUGGUGACUUGUUUGAGAGACAUUUAUGAAGCAGUAUUCAAAUUUUAUAAUAUGUAAAUUAGCCAAAUACAAUAUUGAGGGUAGGGAGGGAGAGACUGGGAAUUUAGCACUUUAUCUUGUGUUGAUAAAUCCUAAUGUAAAUAAAAUGGAAACUCUUGAUAUUAUUAAAGCAUUUUGAUAAAUAUGUUGUUCUAAGGGAAAGUGUUGUGAACAGCACACUACUAUCACUUCACCCUGUGCAUUAAGAUGAGGGAUAGAUAGCUGCUCACAAAAGAAGCCUUUCAGUGCUACCAGAUUUAAAGGGUGCUAUGAAAGCAUAAUAUAUCUAUGUUCCUUCAUUUGUGCUACCUAACAUGCUCUACGUGCAUGAUUUUUUUCUCUUUCAAAUUUGUAAUGAUGCAGGGUAAUCCUUUUACAUAAUUUAUCCAAUUUCGUUGAUUCAUCACUUAAUGAGGUGUUAAAUUUUUAAACCUUUGAUAAGGGAAAGGGGCUCAUGCCUUAAACUCACAAUUUUCAGUUAAGUAGGAGUUAUUAAACGUUUAGCAAUAGGUUUUUUUUCUGCAGUUGAUUUUUUUUGUACAUUUUUCAAGUAGAGGCUUAUGUAGAAAUCACCAUUUAUUACAUUGCUUUCAUUCUCUCUGCUUUGUCCUGUUGAAUAUUAAAAAAAAUUAAACAACACAUUGGCAAAUAUGUUUUAUUCCCCUUUGACUUACAACAGCACAAACUUACCAUGAAAAAAUGAACUUUCUUUAUUCCUCAUUCAUUCUUGUGGAUCUUCAUGGCUAGUCUUGAUCCUUAAGGCAAAUGUUUUGGGUGAACCUUGAUUUUAAUUGUAAACUAUAACAGUGUAUCCUGAAGCAAUCUGGUAAAUUUAUAGUGCAACUGUAGAGUUCUUUUCUCCGAGAUGUAUAGCUUGCAUCCUUCCUUCCACUGUGUAUAAUAGUUAAAUCUUUUACUGUUGGGAGAAACUAUAAAUGCCUGAAUUUCUAAUAAAUGAUGAGUUCAACAA